AUGGACACAAGAGCCUCUCUCUCCAUUCUGCUGCUGCUGUUUGGUGUCACACAGGCGUCUCCUCUCAUGGUAAGAUCGUUUGAAGGAGUGUUUGUGUCAGAGCCUGAACCUCUGGACAUCACUACAAGGAUUUUGGAGUCCAACAAUGGAUCUUCUGAAGUCUUAAUUGAAGGAGAUCUGGUGUUUCCCAAAACCAGAAAUGCUCUCUACUGCUUUAACAACAACUGUUUCUGGAAGAAAAACUCCAACAACAUAGUGGAGAUCCCUUACAUAGUGAGCAGUGAAUUCUCCUUUAAUGACAAAUUAGUUAUCUCAAAUGCCAUGUCCACCUUUCACUCCAAAACCUGCAUCCGCUUUGUGGCCAGAUCAACUCAGGCCGACUACAUCAGUAUUGAGAACAAAGAUGGGUGCUUCUCUUCUCUUGGCAGAACUGGUGGGAAGCAGGUGGUCUCCUUCAACAGGCAAGGUUGUGUGUAUCACGGCAUCGUUCAGCAUGAGCUCAAUCAUGCUCUGGGCUUCUACCACGAGCAAACCAGAAGCGAUCGUGACAAGUACGUCAAGAUCAACUGGGAGAACAUGUCUCCUGAUAUGGCCUACAACUUCCAGAAACAAAACACCAACAACCAAAACACUCCAUAUGACUACGGCUCCAUCAUGCACUAUGGAAGAACAGCCUUCUCCAUCCAGCCCGGGCUGGAAACCAUCACUCCCAUUCCUGAUUCAACAGUGGCAAUCGGACAGAGGCAGGGAAUGUCAGACACCGACAUCCUGAGGAUCAACAAGCUUUAUGGAUGCUGA